AUGAAUCAAUCGAAUACAUCAAAAAUUUCUACAUCCACAUCGUUCAUUCCUAAUGAACAACCAUCAACGACAUUUCAUGGAAAAGGCUAUAUUACUAUGGGUCCAUUAACAGCCCAACAUUAUGAAAUUCCAUCAAAAUCUAUUCAUGGAAUAAAACAAGAGCUUACGAGUUCAACUGAACCAUCAACUAUGAAUAAAGAAUACCAAUUUAAAGUCAUGCUAUUAGGUGAUAGUGGUGUUGGUAAAACAUGUUUACUCAUACGAUUUGAUAAUGAAACAUUUUUGACUAAUAAUUUUCAUAGUACUGUUGGUAUUGAUUGUAGACAUAAAAUUGUAACACUUGGAAAUAAAAAAAUUAAUUUACAAAUAUUUGAUACAGCUGGUCAAGAACGUUAUCGAUCGAUAACACCUGCUUAUUAUCGUGAUGCACAUGCAUUAUUAUUAAUUUAUGAUAUAACAUCUUAUUCAUCAUUUGAAAAUACAUCAAUUUGGUUAAAUGAAAUAAAAGAACAUACUCAUAAUGAUAUAAUUAUAAUGUUAAUUGGAAAUAAAGUUGAUAAAUAUCAACGUGUUGUAUCAAGAGAAGCUGGUGAACGUUUAGCACGAAAUUAUCAAAUUUAUUUUCUUGAAACAUCAGCUAAAACAGGACAAAAUGUUGAAUUAGCUUUUAUGACAACAGCUCAAGCUAUACUUGAUAAAAAAAUACAUUCAAAUAAUACAAAUCAUUUAUUAAAUGAUAGAAUUAAAUUGAAAACUACUGAAACAUAUAACUUUUGUUGUUAA